UGGGUCUGGAGUAUAUUCAUUGAGGGUCAUCGAAAAGAUCUAGAUUUUCAAGAUUUAUAUAAGUGUGCGAAGAAGGACACGGCUGAUAAAGUCCGCGAUAAACUCGAACGACAAUGGGUAAAAGAAAUGAGAAAACGAAAUCCAAGUCUAAUUUCGGCUCUCUUUCGGACAUUUUCAUUGGAAUUCGUGCCAUGGAUUCUGCUCUUUAUUAUACAAGAAGCGGUGAUCCGUGUGGCACAACCAGUCUUCUUGGGUUAUGUCGUGAGAUAUUUCCAGAAGAAGGAGCACAUAUCGUAUGAGGAGGCGGCCGGGUAUGCCGCGGGAGUCGUAUUGUGUUCAGCCGGUUGUGUUUCACUCAAUCACCUCAACUUCACUUAUCUAAUGAAGACUGGGAUGAGGAUGAGAGUGGCCUGUUGUGCCCUUAUGUUCAAAAAGUCUAUGAGAUUAAGUCGUUCAGCGAUGGGAAAGACAACUGUCGGCCAAAUACUGAAUAUGAUGUCCAAUGAUGUCAACCGAUUCGAUGAGUUUGCAUUCACUGUUCACUCACUAUUUGUGGCACCGAUACAGUCGGUUGUCAUAUUAUUCUUGUUGUGGGAGCACUUGAGUUGGGCCUGUUUUGCGGGACUGGGAGUCAUCAUCCUAUUCAUCCCAUUCCAGGGACUUAUGGGUCGACUGUUUCAGAGUGUUCGCCGAAAGACGGCUGAAUUGACUGACACUAGGAUUAGGAUUAUGAAUGAAAUCAUAUCCGGUAUGAGAGUCAUAAAGAUGUAUACCUGGGAACAGCCCUUCCAAGAUUUGGUGGCCGAGUCCAGACUCAAAGAGAUACAAAGGAUCAGACACUCGAGUCUAUUGAAAGCAAUCAAUUUGUCGUUUUAUUUCGUGGCCUCUCGUGUCAUACUAUACGCCUGUUUCGUGACAUUUAUAUAUAUGGGGGGAAAACUGUCGGCCGAAUCGGUGUUCGUGACAAUGGCUUUCUUUAAUACAUUGCGAAACACAUUAACCAAACAUUUUCCGGCCGGAAUCGCAGCCACUGCUGAACUGGUGGUCGCCUGUCAUCGGAUUCAGGAUUUCUUAGUUCUCGACGAAAUCAGUGAAUCAGACAAACCGAUUGAAUACAUGUCGUCAGUAUUCUCAGAGAAAGAGAAGGAAGCGAAUGGAAAUGGAGUUUUAGUAAGCGUUGAGAAACCUAUUAAACCGGUGGACGACAGAGAGAAAGGGGUUUUCAUUAAGAAUAUGAGCGUUCGUUGGAAUGAUGAAAUCCUUGAGCCCACUCUUAAAGAUAUUAGUGUUUGUGUAAAACCUGGAGAGUUGUUAGCAGUGAUAGGAUCCGUUGGUAGUGGAAAGAGUUCACUAUUGAUGUCAAUUCUAAAUGAGUUGACAGUUACGUCGGGAUCAAUGGAGGUGAAGGGAAAGGUGUCUUAUGCCCCACAAGAGUCGUGGGCCUUCAUAUCUAGCGUUAGAGACAAUAUUCUGUUCGGUUCUGAAUAUAAUGAAGAGAAAUACAAUAAAGUAGUUCACGUGUGCGCUCUGGACAGGGAUUUCAAACUAUUCCCAUUCGGUGACAAAACUCUUUGCGGAGAACGAGGGGUAUCUCUAAGUGGUGGCCAAAAAGCUAGGAUUACGUUAGCGCGAUGUCUAUACCACGACGCGGACAUCUAUUUGCUGGACGACCCCCUGUCCGCAGUGGACGCACACGUCGCUAAACAUCUCUUUCAAAAAUGUGCGGUGGAGUACCUGAAAGAUAAGGCGCGUAUAUUAGUCACCCAUCAGAUCCAGUUUCUAAGAGACGCCCAUAAGAUAAUGGUGUUAAACGAUGGCAAAUGUAUAGCUUUUGGCACCUACUCUGAGCUGAUAGAGUCGGGUAUUAAUUUCAUGUCGUAUUUAAACGAUGAUAAGCCGACUGAAAACAAAAACGACAAAAUGCAUCAAUUGAUUGAACACAGAAGGAUGCAAAGAGCCGUCUCAUUUACGCCAUCCCUGGCCAGUAGUAUUGCCGGCUCUGAAGUGGAUCACGAAGAGAUCGGGGAUGUGAUUGAAACGGAUGAGCCUAAACUCAAACAGGAGACCAAAAUGAUUGGAUCCAUUGAUUCGAGUAUUUAUUGGGAUUAUGUGAAGGCAGGCGCCGGACCUUUCCUUAUAUUCGUCACAUUCUCGUCAAUACUUAUAUCCCAAACCCUAUACCAGGGCAGCGACUUCUGGCUUACCAUAUGGUUAGUCCAUUCAAUUGGAAUAAAUGAUUUUAAAAUACAGACCAAUGAAGUGGACAACGAUGAGAACGUUGACACAAAUUUAAAUGUAAUUAUAUACUCAGCACUGAUCGGCGGACUAUUGGUGUCAGCCCUCAUCCGCACCACAUCUUUCUUCGUGAUGUGUAUGCGCUCGUCAGUCAAUCUUCACAACAGAAUAUUCUACUCGUUAUUGCGGGCACCCAUACAUGUGUUUGAUAGCUCACCCAUUGGCCGUAUAUUGAAUAGGUUCACAAAAGACACCGGUAUUGUUGAUGAACUCCUACCUGCAACUGCUUUUGAUUUACAAAUGACAUUAUCUCUGGUCAUCGGAACCUUAAUUGUAAACGCAAUCGUCAGUUGGUUUUUAGUAUUCCCGGCGAUAUUCCUCUGUAUAGUAGUGUUUAUGUGCAGAUAUUUCUACAUCAGAUCCGCCAGAGAUAUCAAACCUCGGAGUCCAGUCUACUCUCAUCUGAACACAACCCUAUCGGGUCUGUCAACUGUGCGGGCAUUUGGUGCCCAACAUAUGUUUGAGACCCAGUUUGAGAGACACCAGAACGACAAUACGGCCACUUUCUUCCUCUUCAUCUGCACCUCCCGGGCCUUUGGUAUUCUCAUGGACUGGAUCUGCGUCUUCUACAUCAGUGCUGUCGUCGCUUUCAUUAUGUUUUACGACGACCUUCCGGGUGGUGACGCCGGUCUCGCCCUAUCUUCAGCCCUAACACUGACGGGAAUGACUCAAUACGGAGUCAAAUGUUCAGCAGAUCUCGAGUCCUAUAUGACAGCAGUCGAGCGAAUGCUUGAGUACUCGCACAUCAAACCCGAGGCAGAGUUGGAGUCCCGGCCCGACAGGAAACCAGUGCCCGAAUGGCCACAAACCGGUGAAAUUGAGUUCAAAGACAUGAGCCUUCAGUACAACGAAUCGCCGAAUAAAGUCCUCAAAGGAAUCAAUUGUGUCCUAAAAGGAGGAGAAAAGGUGGGAGUCGUCGGCCGAACCGGCGCUGGAAAGUCGUCCGUCAUAUCAGCCCUCUUUCGGAUGAACGAACCCGAGGGACAGAUACUCAUCGAUGGCGUCGAUAUUCAGUCGAUUGGUUUACACGACUUGAGGCGUCAAAUAUCUAUUAUACCUCAGGAACCGGUGCUCUUCACGGGUUCGGUCCGAAAGAAUUUGGAUCCGUUUGGUGAUCACCCGGACGAUGAACUCUGGGCCGCACUGGAAGAGGUGCAGCUCAAGGAGUCUGUGGUCCAACUUCCCGGACAGUUGGACGGACUGGUGACCGAAGGGGGCAGUAAUUUCAGUGUAGGUCAGAGACAACUGGUAUGUCUGGCCAGAGCUAUACUGCGAGACAAUAGGUCUUGGAUGAGGCGACCGCUAAUUUUAGAUAUUGUACUGUCAUUACGAUUGCCCACAGACUCAACACUAUCA